AAACAAGAACAUUUAACUCUCGUCGCUUCCGCGAACAGGUGGCGUAGUUCGUCUCAAACGUGGGGCGCAUGCGCAUCCUUUUUCUCACCGGCACUAAAUCCUCCUACACCAAUUCUAGUGUAACAAAUGGCUGAGGUUGAUCAUGAAGAAACUUUUGAGGGUGCAGAUGCUGGUGCAUCCCAAACCUUCCCCAUGCAAUGCAGCGCUCUAAGAAAAAAUGGUCAUGUUGUUCUCAAAGGACGUCCUUGCAAAAUAGUUGAAAUGUCUACUUCUAAAACCGGAAAGCACGGCCAUGCAAAGGUACAUCUUGUUGGAAUAGAUUUGUUCACUGGGAAAAAAUACGAAGAUAUAUGUCCAUCUACUCACAAUAUGUCAGUUCCAGUGGUCAACCGUCAAGAUUACCAGCUUGUGAGUAUUGAUGAUAAAUACCUUUCCUUAAUGGACGAUAGUGGUGAAACACGAGAAGAUUUGAAACUGCCUGAUACUGAUGUUGGCAGAGAAAUAGAAGAAAAAUAUGAAAAAGAUGAACCAUUUAUGAUAACUGUCAUGAAAGCCAUGGGAGAAGAAAUGUGUGUGGGUGUAAAAUCAGCAAAAGACUGAGAAUCAACAUGUGGACACAGAUUGGACAAUAUGAGACCUACACACACAACUGUUCAAAUAACUUCUAAAAAAUAAAAACAAUCUAUGCUGACGAAUUAUUUUGUCAUUGGUGCAUCAAAGGAGUGACUUUUUUGACAAUGAUGCAUAGUGAAAGAUUACCAUAUUUUUGGCAAUUUUUUUUUUUUGAACCAUGCCAUCAUUUUAUUGUACCAUAACAUUUCUUUUCAUCUAAACAUGACUUUUGUUUUAAUAAGAAAGCUAUUAAACUUGCAGGGAGCAUAAUUAGUUAAUCUUAUUUUCUUUAGUUGCAACAACCAUGUUUUAAGGUUUGACUCUCCCUGUGAUUUGUUUUUAUGACUUUUGCUUCAGCCUCCUAAUCAGCUGGUGAAACCUUACCCUUCUGGGUUGUAGAGAAUUAACUAGUCACUGUUAGUGUAACUAGAUCAUAGUCAGGCUAAAAUUUUUAGGUACAUUGAUAUGUAUUUGAUCAUUCUUAGUAUGAAUGUUACCAUAUUGUGUUUUAAGUGACAACAUUGACAGUUUUAAUUCAAUUAAGAGUUCAUGUACACAUUUGAAUGGUGAGAUAGUAUACAGAUGACCAACUUUGUUACAUUUUGAGCUUACAUUGGAACUAUGCAAGAAAGAAUAAUUUUUAGAAAAAAUACCUAAUCUAAUUUGGGGGCCCAAAAUGUUAUUUUGAGUCCUAGGGCUUUUGGUGCGUUUUGACUUUGACACUUAAAGAUGGAACCACAAGGGUGUUAGGCAUUUGUCUGUUUAGGUUCAGAAAUACUCUAUUAAAUAAGUUUUAGAUUAAAUAUCUUGAUCUGAUAUUAAAUGGGGAGGGUUCAUGUGGGUAUUUGAAUGCUAUGUUGCCUCAAUAUAUUUCUUUGUUUUGUGUAUAAGCCCUGGUGCACUUGAUUGAUGUGUGUUAAGCCAUGCUGUGUAUUUUCUGGGAUAGGUGGUGUGAGUGAAUGAAAUGGAUGUGUCUGUACUUGUAGGUCUAAUCCAUCUGUCCUAUUCGAAUAAAUAAAAGAGAAAAAUUGCCUG